AUGAAGUUCACAUCUGUCGCUCUCACACUCGCGCUCGCCCUUCCAGGCCUCGCUAUCCCAAACCCAUUCGGAGCACCUGUCUCUCUUGAAGCGCGCCAGCAGCCAGGCUGCCUUACAGUUCAAUCGCUGACGGGAGAAUGUGUGAAGGACCGUUGUCGUAGCCCUGAUUACGAGUGCCGCCCAGGUGGCUGCACCAACUGUUGGGCUUACUGCUGCUCCACGGGAUUACCACCUCCUCCCGAAGUCACCCCUCGUAUCUAA